AUGGCUUUCAACCAUUUGUCCAGCGGUCCGCGCAGAAGGCACCCGCUCAUCAUUUGGGCGCCAGCAGAGCGCGAACCGGAGCCCGCGCUGUCCCUAGUUAACUGGUUUGGCGAUCAAAUGACUCGGAUGGAAGACGAAUUGAUGCAACACGGAAUGUCUGAUAUACCCGAGGUGGGCCGUAUUGACUUCGAUCCCUGGAGGAGGUCACGGCUAUUCGACGCACUCUUCUCUGACGACGCGUUGCAGACCGAGAUGAAGUUCCACGAAAACCCCAACAAGAAUCAGAUCGAGUGUCAACUUAGCACCGGCUGCGGAGACUUCUUCAGGCCCGAGGACAUCGAGCUAAAUGUCAAAGACCGUAACAUCGAGUUCAAAGCCCGCCGCGAACAAAAAUCCGAGGAUGGGAACAACUACACCGUUAGAGAAGUUCGUCGCAUCAUGACUCUCCCCGAGAACGCUGAAAUCGACAAACUUCAUGCGGAAAUGGGUCCGAAUGGUAAGGUGAUGCUCUCUGCUCCGCUAUUGAAGCCUAAACCAAUCGAGCCCAAAGUGAAAGGAUCUGUGCCGAUCAAGAUCAAUAGGACGUAGCUUGUAUGAAUGAACGAAUGUGAUUCGUGAUCCUGAAUGUUCCUCGAGAAUCCCUUCCUCUUGGAUGAGUCCCAAGUGCGACUCGAUGAUC